AUGAAAUGCGGCCAUGCUCUAGGUCAAUAUGCAGAUCUGGAAGAAAUAGAGAACAAUCGAAGUGCGUUCAUUUCCAUGAAACAAAUAAUAAAACUUUUAAAAGAACUGAAGGAAUUGAAAUUUCCGUGCAUCUAUCACUUGAACAAAAAAAAAAUAAAAAUAAAAAAUAAAAAUAAAAAUAAAAAAAAAAUAAAAAAAAAAUAAAAAAAAUAAAAACAAAAAAAUAAAAAAGAAAGAAGUAAAAAAAUGAAAAAAGAAAAAAAGACAUUGAUGGAUAGCAUGAGAUAUUUCAACGAAUAUGACAAGGUAAUAAUACAAAAUUUAUUACGCAUUAACUUGGUCACGGUCACAAAUGGUUUUUACCAAGUUAGAAUUGGAUUUGUUCGUACAUAUAAGACAAAGCCAACAGUGAAGGAUAUCGAAGAACGUGUAUUACAAGUAGUUCGUGCCUAUGACAAAGUUACUGCGGAUAAGGAUAUAGAAGAGCUACGAGUCAAGCAGGUGCGCCUCUACAGCUCCAAGCCUCCAUUAACACUUGAUAUAAUUCGUCAGCGGGUGCUUUUAUUACUCAAUUUGUAUGAUAAAAUUGAUCCCAAGAAGUUGUGCUUGGAAUCUCAUUUUAUAAAUGAUUUGGGUCUUGAUUCCUUGGAUCAUGUAGAGGUUAUUAUGGCUGUAGAAGACGAAUUUGGAUUUGAGAUUCCUGAUAUGGACGCGGAAAAAUUAUUAACGCCUGGACUUAUAAACAACCUCGCAAUGUUACUCGUGCCUACAUCGACGAGUGGAAAAUCCGAACUUCUUCGCACGAUAUUUACGAUGGAGAGAGACGAUCGGGUGGACGGAAGAGCAAGAUUACUUUCGUCAAAUUUGAGAAAUCGCGAGUACGCGGAAGAGAUCGCGAAUUUGGAGGACGAGCUGAAGCGAGCUUAUUGGAAGAAGUCGUUGAAGUUACAGAUCGCUUCGAAGGAAGCCGAGAGGAGUUUGGAGAUGGCAAAGGGUCGUUUGGAGACGGAGGCAAAUAGAUUGCGCGCGUCGAUCGAGUCGGAGGAGGAGGAUCGUCGUCGUCUUCGAAGGAUCGCCGAGGAGAGAGAGCGCGCGAGCUGCGAGCUCGCGGAGAGAGAGGCGAGGAAGAAAGAGGAGCGAGAGAGACGGAGGGAGGAAGGGCUAAGGGAGAGAGAGGUCCUCGAGGAGGUCGAGAGGAGGUUGGAGGAGCGCGAGAAGUCGAGGACGUUGGAGAGGAAACUCGAACUGCGCGCGGAGAGGGCGGAGGAGAGGAGGAUGGUCGCGGAGCUGAGGGAGAUUCGUAGGGCGAACGAGAGGGAGGAGGAGGAGAGGAUAAAGAGGGACGGGGAGAGAUAUUCGCGGGAGAUCGAACGAAGGGCGAACGAAGCGAGGAGCCGAGCGAGCGAGCACGAGGAACGACGAGAACGGGUUCUUACAUCGCUGCUCUCUACGAUUCUCGAGGAGGACGCGAGAAAGCGAGAGAGGGAACUCCUCCUCGAGGAACUCGUCCUGCUGGAGAUGGAGCUGGACCGAGCGAUCAACGAUCGGAAGGAGAGGAACGCAAGGUCCGGGAGGAGCCUGGAACUGCUCGACUCUUUGAACGAACAGAUCAGCUUGACGGAACUCUGCAAGCUUAACUUCCUACGUCGCGACAGGGAAUUCGCCGAGGAGACCACGAGGAGACUGGCCCAAGACGAGAGAACUCUUCGAUUAACGGCCGAAGCCAAGAGACGGGCGCUAUUGAGAUAUCGCGAGGAUCUCGAACGAAUGAUCGCCGAACGUCGGAGGAUAAGGGACGAGGAAAUUCGUAGGAUCGAGAGGGAGUUCGAGGAGGAACGUAGAUCGGAGGAAUUAAGGGCGGCGAGCGUCGAGAGAGAGCGCCGCUACUUGCUGCUCGAGCAUGCUUCGAACGUUGGAGAAUUUUUGAACGAGAGACAUCUUACCGAGAGGGAGCGAGCCCUCCUCGACGAUUCUCUUUUAUCGCGAACGACGGGAUGAAGC